UCAUAGAGAAUAUUUGAUUUGAUGAUCGAAUGUUUUACUUUGUAGAUUCGAAUCUUCAGACAUUUCCCCCAUCCCAAGCUCAGGGGAAGAUUACCGGUGGUUCUAGGCCACCUCGUGAUGCAGAUGAUUCAUUUUCAAAACCUGUAUCUGGUUCUGAUGAACCCCAGCAGGGUGGUUGGCUUCGGAAUUUUGCAGUUGCUGCUUACAAACCAUACUUUGACGUUGACACUUCAGAUGUUUUGGAGAGGAUUAUAGACUCACUUUUUCCAUUCAGAGGAACUUUUAAUGAAAAAACUUCUACCAACCCUGAUUUGUAAGUAGACCUUUUCUUUUGCUCAUUUAAUGGACCGAUCAGACUAAUAAUACUUAAGUUAUGAGUUCUGACA